GGGUAUUCGGUCGUCAUAUCGUAUCAUUGAAUAGAUACGAUAUUUCAUGGUAUAUCUUACACUCGACAUACCUGAAGUAAUGGAACUAUUAUGUCAAUUUCUGAAAGUUGUGAAAGAAAGCUGCAUUCAAAUUGAAUUUAUGAUUAUUCUGUCACUCAUAGACUGACUGUACUUCUCCUGUCGAGUCUGGUACAGUCGUUCAAAUAGCUAUUGACGGUGUGUUGAAGCUGCAAAGUCGAGCAGAAUUUAGCAGUGCGAAGAUGAUUGGGUGUGAUUGAAAUACCCUUGGAAGGAACGGACUAUGAUUUAAAUCUGUAUACUCAGUAAACAUAGAUUUAUCGCUUAUAGUGUUUACAAUAACUAGUGCUUGAGCGAGCAAGCAAUGAGUUGAAUUAGAGAGAGAAAAGAGAGAGAGGGAGAGAGUGAGAGGGAAAUAUUGGGAGAACACGAGGUGGUAAAACCGGUAGAUAGCGGACAAAAGUAUUUCAACGGACUCUGUGGGACUCUGCAGUUGAAAUCAAAUUAACAGGAAGAAUUUUCACCGUCUACCUGCUGCAUUGCGCUAGAAAUGGUGCUUCUUCAUAAAUUUGUUGUAAUAAUAUUGACCAGUGUAAUAAAGAGAGGUAUUAAUGGGUGAAACGUCCACAUGACAAGGCUAUACAGAACGUAAAAUGGAGGAAAUGUUCAAUGGUCAGUUAACCAACGAGAUUAUCUUUGGCUGGCUGGAAUUGUCGAUGCACCGAACGAAGUAAACGCGAACACAGCGUUGAUUUGCUGAAUGAAAAGGUUACAGACGGCAAGAUGAAUCAGUACGUAGAAUGCUUAGAGCUGUAUAUGAACCAUGAAUGGGACUCUAAAUGAGCCAAAUAAUUAUAAAAACGUCCAUUCGACGAACGUAAUUACCAUAUUAAUAACCAAAUUACAAACAUACUGGCAUUUGUCACGUGGUUUUAUUUUCCUUGUGACGUCACGGUGGACUCUAGUUUGAAUUUCUUACGGCAAACGUAAAAUACAAAAUCCAUCAUUAAAAUGGGGAAAACAAGAGGUGUACACGAAACUACUCCAGAAUUAAGAAAUAGAAUGGUUGGGAUGUACGAAGCUGGCUUGGGCCUUCGAGAAAUAGCUGCGGCAGUCAACUGUUCUCAACGAACUGUCAAGAGGUGGCUCAAUCGUUUUGAUAAAGAAGGCACUGUUGAGACGAGAGAACGAUGUGGCCGCAAAAGAGCUACGACCUCUGAGCAGGAUGAAGCGAUCAUUCGUUUGGCUACGCAGACACCCAUAACUGCAGCAAAAGCUGUUCUACCAGCACUGGGAUUGUCCUGUUCUGUCGAUACUGUCAGAGAAAGACUUCAUAAAGCUGGAAUACACAAUUGGAGCCCUUCACGAAAACACAUGCAAAGAAUUCCUUUAGGCAGUGAAGCGGAUAGCGUGGUGAUUCAACAAUCGGUAUGGCGGCCUACUGGUACACAGUUAGGAAGGAAAAAGUCUUCCAAAGAAAGAAGGAAAGAGAAAAAAGGUACAACUGCAAACAAAAGAAAAACCCUUUCAAGGAAAACCAAGUCUAAAGAUCUGUACAUCGGUGAUGGCGCUCCAACCGAGGCUUUGAGACAACCCAAUAUACAACCUGGAUUUGUACUUCCGUCACAGCAAAAUGUUCAGCAACCACAAAAUAACAAUUUACAAAUAUCUAGUCAGGCUAUACAGGCGAGUCCAAUACCAUUUAGUAGCUGUCUCACCCUUGCUCAACAACCGAUUUACCAGCAUCCUGGCCUCAAUGUUGCACAGAACUGGCCCCUGGAUCUGGUUCAAGGCAGCCAUCAUUAUCCACAAGGACAACCCAAUGCUGUAACUCAUGAGCAUCCUCAACAACAACAACAACUACAGGAACUUCAUACUCAACAAGAACAACAACGCCAACUGCAAGAACAGCAGAUUCAGGAACAUUCCAGACAACAGAAUUCCCACCAUCAGAACAUUGAAUCACAACAGCAGCAUCAACAACAAUCCCAGCAGCCAUCAGAAGGACUUAACCAACAACAGCAGCAAGCGUCCCAAACCAAUUUAUUGCCUACCCAUCAAGAAGCAAAAAUUUCGAGAAUCGAUAGUUGUUCAAACUCAAGUAAUUCAAUCAGCAAUAGUCAUGCAUCUGACGAAGAUGGAGAGUUGAAUGAAAAUACUCUGAAGAAAGAUAAUAAAAGAUCUCUUAAGCACAGAAAGAAAAAAGGUGGCAAAGCAAAGGGUACUUUGGAAACUAGUGUUGAAAUCAGGAAUCGAAUGAUCGGAAUGUCAGAAGCAGGACUGUCAACCUUGUCCAUAGCAUUGGCUAUCAACAGAUCGGAACGGACAGUAAAACGAUGGCUAGAAAGAUGGCACAAAGAAGGCAAUGUACAAACAAAAGAACGCAAAGGUCGACGACGUAUAACAACGAAAGAACAGGAUGAAGCAAUAAUUGCAAUGGCUACUCAACACCCCUUGACUGCAGCAAAGUAUGUUGCACCAGCAUUAGGCUUGAGGUGUAGUGUCGAUACAAUUAGAGAACGGCUACACAAAGCUGGGAUUCACAGUUGGAAACUUGGAAAGAAACAAGGAGAGGGAAAUGCAGUGCAUACUGUUCAUUUAUGGCAGCCAAGCGGUAAUCGCCCUAAUAAACCAAAACUGCCUGGUGAAAAAAAGAAAAAAUCCUCUAGUGAUAAGAAAUAUAAACAAUCGACUACUGAGACGAUAAAAAGAGGUUCUCGGAAGAAAAAAGUAGAACCAGCACCAUUGAAAAUCAUUCCCCCGCCAGCAAAUAUGAUUACUGAACAGAACACCAUGCAAUUCCAUGAGCCUCCACUGGCAAAUUAUGUUUCAGGCCCUAACAUUAUGCAUCCAGUGGAAGACAUGUCUGCACCUCAUCCAUCAUCACAUCCACAGCAACUGCCUAUGGCAGAAUCGCAAGUUCCUCCAGGUUCACAACCCUUGCAACCUAUGGAACUCUUAAUGCAGCAGAGAUCGGAUUGCAGACUAGCUCAAUCUAUUGUUGGACCCCCAGUUUCCAGUCAGGGAAACACUGCUGUUGCGUAUCCUCCUUGUAUGGUUGGGACCAACAGCCACACAAAUCAUAUUGAGCAGCCAGAUCCAUUAAACUACGAACCCUAUAUGUGGAACUUUUAGGGCCAAAAUUCUAAUCUAAGCGUAUAUUACGUGCACAAAUAUCACCAAGAUUACUAGCAUUCAUAUUUAUCUUUUUAUAUUUUGAUCCUACAUACAUUACGUUACUUGUCAUUUACAACUUCAUCUAUUACUGCCAUCGAAUUUAAAAAAUAAUUGGUUCAUCCACGAUGUGAAUAUUAGCUUUAACACGAUAUUUAUUAUCGUCAACCCUUUUUCCAUAUCCCAGUGAACAAUUUUCAAUCGGGAAAACCAUAAUCGACAGGUGUAGUAAAAAAUCAGUAUAAAUUAGUUAUAAGAACCUCACUUAAGCAUAAGUAAAUAUUCGGAGCAUAUAUAUGUAUAUAUUGUGAUUGAUUUUAGGCGCUUAGUACGCAUAGACUGGGGUCCUUCAGAUAUUACGUUGAGCCAUUUUGUUAUACACCUCCCCCUCUCCCACUCUUAAAUUCACCAUCGACCAAAAUUUCACAUUGAAUGUCGUAGAUAAGGGCACAAGUUGUGUAUGAAAUCCAUACUUCGGUCCGGAUGCUGGAUUUACUCAGGUAGAUUGCAAAUCGCGUUUACAUUAACUGGACAAAGGCCCAAAAUUUGAGAUUACAUAAAUCCGCUAUUGUGAAAAAAAUAUCAGACGAAGUCCAUUCACAAUUUUUUAUCAUCCUGUCUAACAUUACUGUGCUUUUAUCCGAACAUUUGCUAAUCCAAAUUAAACUCAAUCCCGAUAAUUUCGGAUAAUCUUGGUUCUACUGUAUAACGAAUUAUCAUAGUAGUAGAGAUACUCCUCAGUAGCAGAUGUAAUAUUUUAGUAACUUCAUUGUACCAUUGGGUAAUGAAUUGUAAUAUAAAAAAAAACCAUUUGUUUUGAUACGAAUAUAUAAUUAAUAUCUUGGACGUUAGUACGAAGCAAAUUGGAAUAAAUGACAUUUUGAGAGAACUGAAUUCUCUCCGAAAAUA